CAUAGCGGUCACUAAAACGUGAAAAGUAGAACAACAAUGUUUCUUUGGCCAAGGACAUGGCUUAAAUAUUUUUCUAAAAUCUAACAUCGUGUAGCUUUUAUUAAUAACACAAAAGGACACUGUAUUUUGGAUCGUCGUUGUAUUUUGUGGAGAUUUGGAUUAGUGUUUAUGGAUCAUUUAGCGUGUGAACGAGGCGGAUAGUAACCGUUACACAUCUGUGACAGGUGCAGACAUGCUGCGAUCUCUCACGUCCCUGAUGUUUUGCCGGAGGGUCCAACAGCUCCACGGCUUUCACUGUUCCUCUCUCAGUCUGGCUGAGAACACAGCCGCUGUAGCUGCACUCGAAAACCUGUCAGUCAACAUCUCGAAGAUCCGAAAGCUCAAAGGCUGGGUGUUGAACCAAAGCCCGGUUUAUGUGACUGAGACGGUGGCAAUGCUGCGAACCCUAGGCGCCGGGGACCUGCUGAUUUCUCAAGUGCUUCAACAGCACCCAGAGGCAAUUCUCUGCCCUCCUAAACAUUUAGAGGCUCAGAAGGAUUUGUGGAUGUCCCUCUGUGCCAGCCACAGCGAUCUUGUUAGGAUCAUUGAAAAGUUCCCAGCUUCAUUUUUCACCUUGGCAUUUCAUAUAGACCACCAAAAAAACAACAUCUUGUUCUUCCAGAACCUGGGCCUUAAUAAACGCGUCGUUGCUAAGCUCAUGGCGAGCGCCCCGCAGAAUUUCAGUAGAUCUGUUGAGCAGAAUGAGGAGAUGGUCCAGGCCCUUCAGAAAAUGUACUUGGAACUAGGAGGAAAUGAGACCAAUAUGAAAGUUUGGCUGCAUAAGCUGCUCAGCCAGAACCCAUACGUGCUUAUGAAGUCUCCAGAAAUGAUGAGGGAUACCUUCAGCUUUCUGCAUAAACAGGGUUUCAGCAGCAGUGAGCUCCUUCAGCUUCUAUCCAGACUUAAAGCCUUUGUAACGGAGCUUCACCCACAAUCUAUGGCUCUGACUUUGAGUUACUCGCAGCAAACUCUGGCCUGCAGUGACCCUGAGCUUCGACAGAUUGUGCUGCAGUGCCCAGCAUUGCUGUACUACUCUGUGGACGUUUUGACAGACAGAUUCAAAUGUCUCCUCAGUGCUGGAAUUAGCCUGCCGCAGAUCAUGCAGACACCAACAGUCCUGGAACUGACCACACAGAUUGUUCAGUAUCGCAUUCAAAAGCUGCAUUCUUAUGGUCAUGAUAUAAGGACAGGGAGUCUGGAGCUUAUCAAUGGCACCAAGAAAGACUUUGAAAUGAGCUGUGGGAAACUGCUUUUGAGGCGAGAGCGUCCUUUCUUUAACCCAGUGGCACCUGUAAGGACAGAUGAGUAAGAUUUCCUGAUGUGAAAAAGAGCUACGAGCUUCUAAUAAGCAGAUUAUGUAAAUAAAUGCAACAUCUGUAUA